ACACACACUCACCACUCCUGCUGCAGGGUUAGGGGUGUCAGUGUGAAAAUGGCACAUUUUCAGCUGUCUGUGCUGCUUGCUUUGGGAUUCAUCACACUGAUCAACGGCCAGUGUGUGGUGGACUUCCAAAAUGGCACAGUUUCCAAUAACGGUUCCUCUUGCUCUUCAUUCUCAAACACCACGCUCAACAGCACCCUCUCCUGCGCGGGCAUACAGCUCUCAGACUCCUCACAGGCCACUCUCCAAAAUCUCAAAGCAUAUACUGACGCCACCUUUGACCUCUACACAUUACUGAGAUCUAGACUUGACGCUAGCCUUGUCGUGAGCUACAUCAAUAACAUCAGGAAACAAGGCUUGGUUGCAGGCUCUUUGAGCGAUGUGGAUUUCGCAAGGCUGUGGUUUCAAGUGAAGCUCAGUCCUUUCUUGUCCUCGCUGUCCAGAGGCACGCUGUCCUGUCUCAGUCAAAGCAGUUUCACCUGCCAGAGCUUCCAAGCACUGGUUAAUGAUUUAAGCGUGCAGAUUGGUCCUGAAAGACAAAGGAUGGUGUAUCAAAACUUCAUAAAACCCUUUCUGGCAAGAAAUACAACUGACGCUGGCUGUGUGAACAGUACAAACAGCACCGGGCAAUGGCUGCUACUCAACUUUCAGUCAUUCUCUUCCAUUGCAAGCCUAGGAGAUUUCAUAGCUCUGAAACCAGACUUUAAUGGGCUGGUGGUGCUAGAUAAACUUACGCCGGAGCAGAAAGCUGAACUGAUGUUUCAGCUAGAAGCUAACUUUAGCCUGAAUGCUGAUGCUGUCAGUCAGAUCUUCCAGAGUUUCCUGCAGCCGCUCACCAACAUGACACUGAACCUGACCAGCACCAGUUCAGGGCUCCUCGACAAGAAUCUCACAGACUUUAUGCAAUAUUUGAGACCAAUGGGAAGAUUCAUCAGAUCAUGUGUGAAUAUUGCUCAGACAAGAAAUAUAAGCAGUAUUAGAAAUGAUACGAUACAGCUUCUCGUCAACUGGACUGUGAACUAUAUCAACAAACAAAUCUCAGUAAAUACUUUUAACUUCAACAACAUCAGUGGGUGGUUCCAGACCAUAGUUAUUCCUGUGGUGAACAAAUACCUGCAAUCUAACCAGACUUUGUCAGACAACACCACAGACAUAUUCAACUCGGUUUUUGCUGUUGAAGCUCAAACGGCAGAUCCUUUGGACAUCUGUACAGUCACCAUCAAUAACAGCUCUUGUCAAGUAUCACAGAAUGCAGAGAGUUUGGCCAAAACGCUUAAAUGUGUUGCUCAAACAAAUCUGAGCUUCACUGAGGAAAACCUGCAACUUCUGACUACUGAACUCUCCAAAACACUGCAGACACAGGUGACAAACUCAUCUCAAAGCAACCUCACCACCUUGUUUGGAGAGCUGCCAGCAGAACUCUUUACGACCAGAAGCCUCGGCGAUGUGAACUUUGUGAAAUUCUGGUUCCAGAUAAAGAUGAAGCCUCUGCUGCCCAAAAUUCCUAGAGAAUUCCUGUCAUGCUUGAACACACGAAGCUUCAGCUGUCAGACCUACAUGGCAAUUAUUGUGGAGCUAAAUAAUACUUUUGGACUGAUGGACAGUGCGACACAGAGAUCAGUUUUCAAUGACUUCAUUAAUCCAUUCCUGUCACGGCGUCAAAACACAAGUCUCGACUGCACAUUGCCAUCUAACAACAGCGUGAACUUCAUCCUGCAAAACUUUGGCAGCUUCUCUCAGUUUGCGCAACUUCAGUUUUUUACCAAUUUGAGCGUCAAUUUUUCAGCUGUGGAAGCUGUUCCUGUUCUCUCACUGACACAGCUGGGUGAACUGGUGUUCAGUCCUCCUGCUAGACCUGAGGACAGAGUCAACAUCCUCACCAAAGUCUUUGACUUCCUUCUUCAAACCUCUAACCGGGACAAACUGAAUAGCUUCCUACCAGCUCUUCAGACACAGGCCAGAAAAGCAAACUUCAGUUGUGAAAACUACAAAACCAUCUUUGACAGGGUGGAUCAGGCAUUAUUAUCAGUCUCUCCUAACCAGACUGAAGCCAUUCUGACCCUCAGAGACUCACUUAUGAUGAUUCCUCCUGACGAAUGCGUCCAGAGAUCAAGCCAAUGCACAGUGACUCCUGUAAAUGAGACUGUCCUCUGUGCAAAUGUCAACAGCUCUACUGUGGGUCAGGUCUUGAAUGGUCCAAACACAACAUCCUCACUGAAUCUGUGUAACUUCACUGUGAUGGAGUUUGCCUGUCUACCAACGCUGUCACAGGUAAACUCUCAACAACUGGCUGGUCUUUUGGCUUGCAAGCUGAACAGCAAUGUGACUAAAGAGACCUGGAAGCUUUUCUUCAGUAAAACCAGCACAAACCUUGAUGACGCUCUAAUGAAACUUUCUAACAUGACUCUUGGCCCCAGCAAUAUGUCUCUGUCGAAUGUGCUGGAUGUGAUUGCUGACGUCCGCAUUGAUCGCUUUAGUCCUCAGAGACUGAGAGAUCCUGUCUUCAUUCGCUCAUGGUUUCAGAAUAGACUAAAAACUUUCUUGCCAUCAGUAUCCCAAAGUUUCCUGUCCUGUCUCAGCACCAAAAACCUUACCUGUGAAAGUUACAGCACGAUCACUGAAUCUUUUAUCAAUGCACCUCUACAAACUGUACAAGAUGUCUGCAAUCCACCUGUACCCAGUGGCACUCAGAAACAGGAUCAGGUCUACAGGAAUUUCAUGAAAGCUUUCCUCUCACGCAGUGACACCAAUGAUCCCGGGUGCCUUAAAGACUCUGCCAACACCACUCUGUGGGUCAACAGAUACUUUGGGUCGUUCAUUCAGUCUGCUAAUCUGACUGAGCUUUUGGCACUUGACAGUAACUUCAAAACAGUGGAGGUUUUACCUGUUUUGAGUCUAAAUCAACUGAUCGAGUUUUCCCUCACUCCUGGAGCGCUAGCAAAUCCUCAAAGUGCCAUCAAAGUCAUGCAGCUUGUUAAGGAUUGCCAGCUGCCCGCAUUCUUUGACCGCUUUUCCCCCAAAUUAAAUGACAUCCUGCUCACGCCUGAUGUAAAAACAGCACUGAUUAAACAGAUAUUUGACAGAGCCAACCUGUCUGAUCUAAAUGCCACUAAUGGAGAUGUUCUGGUCUGGAUUGAGACUAGACUCCCGCCUCUGUUAUCCAACUUUUCAGAAAGCCUUGUGUCUCCAUUGUUUACCAUCCUCAAUGCAAGGGACUGCAAUAUCACUCAAUCCACACUGAAGCUGUUAGGAGGAGUUGGACCUUCAAUACCCCCAAAUACCAAAAAUGCAAUCUACAAUAGCAUUCUUCAGUCCUUUGGAGGGCCACAGGGUCUGAGAUGCUACAGAAACAACAGCUUCAUGACAUUCCUAAAUCAAAGCCUGUUCAGUUUCGGGCCUCUCCCAAAUCUGACCAUCUUCCUCUCUCUGAUCCCACCUGCUCGGAAUUCUGAGCUUUUAAACUCUUUUGCUCCUUCUGAGCUGGGCGCCUACCUCAGACAGCUGCAAGUGCUGAACAACGAUUCCCAAAUCUGUGUCAUCUUUAACAACUUUACCAGAACCCCUGAUUUCCUGGAGAAUGAGGAUGUUCCAGAUAAUAUUAAGAGCGCCAUACUUCCCUGUGUUUGGCCGAUGGCGUUGACCAGUGACAACCAGACGGAGAUUAAUUUGUGGUUUGAUCGUAGAUUAAAGCUCUAUCUAAAGUUCCUGAACAAAGAUCUAAUAGGGUCAAAAGACACCCUGAGCUCAUCCUGUCUGUCGUACAGGAAAAUGAUCAAUGUUUUGGGCAACAAUUUCACAUUCAACGGUUCUCAGAUUACCAAUAAUGAUGUGUACUCUACCAUCAAGACAUAUCUGAAAGCAGACUCUACACCAAAAUGCUAUGAUGCUUCUAACGCAAAACUGAACUCAACUGCAUGGUUUUCCAACAACAUCGGUACAUUCAUAACUUUCUUGAGUCUGGACGACCUCUACACUUUUGGCUCAGAUAGCGCGAUUCAGAUAUUUACUGUGAACCCAGACAACAUCAAUCUGUUCAGGCAAAACAAACUUCCAAACAAUCUGACCAACCACUACACACAACUCCUCUUUCAACAGAACCCCAGCUUUAAUGUUUUGGAACUACCUACAUUUCUGCAGUGCAGUGCCCCAGCAUCCACCUUCACAAAACUGGACGAGACUCAGACUAACGCUGUUCUUGGAAGCUUCAAAACAUCUUGCUCUGGUGUAGAUCCCACAAUAUCUACUGCACUUGCGGGAAACAUCAAAACCAUCAGUGCUAAUGUCAUUAGCAACAUGGGAAAUGAGAUUGUUGGCCUUACAACGGUACAACUGAGCGCAGCACCUCCAGAAGUCCUCAUCAGUAGUCUUUCAUCUUUGACCACUGUGUCCGGGUGGAGCUUUGGGCAAGCCAAGACUAUCAUAAAAGUGCUUCUUAGUGGUUCAUAUCAGCUCAAUAAUCCCAACAAUUUGGUGAAUCUUGGACCUCUGAUAACAGGAAUCCCUUCAACGGUGCUGACAAGCAUUGACCCAGUCCAAAUUGUCACGAUGACUCAAAACGUACAAUUUGUAAAUAACAUGCUGGCGGCCCCAGAGAUUGUCCAAAAGACUUUUGUAAACCAGAUAAUAAAAGUUAAUUCAGAACCAAGUGUGCUAAUGCAAAACAUUCCCAGUGAAUUGGCCAUUCAAAUCCCAAGAAACCUUCUGGACAUUCCCUCUACUGUAAACACGGCCGUCAUUCAACAGUUUAACAAUAAAAAGUGGAAACCUGAACAGGCAGUUCUGUUCUUUGAUUCUGUUGCAAAUGCCUUCGAUCAAGCUGAUGAUCUGUCAGUGCCAGUUUUGCAAGGAUUUACAUGCUCCCGAGUGCAGACCUUCACCAAAACUAAAAUCCGAGGCCUAAUCAAAGCCUGCCGCCGGAGGCCAAAUAGACAACCAGUGGUACUUAGUGAGACUCAGCUGACUUGCAUGUACAACCUGAUCAGAAGGGACUCACCUCUGGAUUUCUCCAACUAUCAUCCAAAUAUGUUGCUGUACUACAAUUAUGACACCAUCAACAAAACCAUCUGCAGGGACUAUUUCACUGCAGUCGGAGCCGCAGAUCUCUCAACCUUUUCAAGCACACUGAGAGGAAGAAGGGACAUUUUGUGGAGCAAUGCUGUAGAUUGCUUGGCCAUUAACGGAACAAGCAUCCAGAAACAGGAUCUGACAGUGCUGGGCAACUUGGCAUGUGUUGUGAGCAGUGACUACAUUACAAACUCAGAUCCAGAAAUCCUGGAGAAUUUGAAGAACUGCAACGAACUCUCAGUUGCACAAAUAGCAGCCAUGGAAGCUGUUGUCAUGAAGGGAACUACCAAAUAUGGACCAACAAGCAAGUGGAAUCAGAAAACGCUUAACGAUUUGGGAAUUUUGCCAUUGCACUUCUCACAAAACUUUUGGGGAACAUUCCAGCAGACUGAUACAAGCACCUUCUUGAAAAGCUUCCUGAAAUUUCUGCGUGGGCAAAACACACCAAAACUACUCAUGAAAAGGCUGUUUAAAGCAAUCAUUAUACCUGUAAAAAGAGCCAAGAGAGCAGCGGGUGGCUGUACAGCAGGCAACAUCACUAGUGUGUCUAUCAGCGAUGACGCCUUCCCCUUCGGCUAUGAUGAGACUCAGUUCGGCAACUGUCUGAGUGCUGAUGUGGUGAGGGAUAAUCUCGGCAGCCUGUGUGAAAAAAUUGACGAUAGCGGCUUUCAGAGAGUAAUUUUGGACAGACUCAAAGAGAUUUAUCCGAACGGCCUUUCAGACGAUCAGGUGCAGGUGCUGAAGUCCGUGUCCAGGAACGCGUCGCUGGAUGAAGUGAGUAAAUGGAACAUCACUAAAGUCGACACACUGGCUGCGCUCAUGAACGCCAACGAUGGCGAUUGGUCUUCUGAACAGAGCAAGCAGAUCAUUAGCCAUUACCUAAGCGCUGGCAAUAAUCUGACUGCCACUGAGCUCAAUCUGAUUAAAGGACCAAAUCUCUGUUCGAUGGAUACUAGCACAAUAUCAACAAUACUGCCUGAAAGUAUACGGGGCACCGAUGCUUUGAAUGUGUCAAAAUGCUCCUCUGCCAAUAAGCAGGCGCUCUUCACUAUAGCCAGUAAGGCAUUCCCCAUGACAAAAGCCAUUGACACGCGUGCCGCCCUGUCAUCUUACCAGCUCAUUGAACCCUAUCUUGGAGGUGCAGAUCUAGCCUACAUAAGAACUCUGUCAUUAUAUAACAUCAGCAUGAGCCUGUCCACUUUCACCAAUCUGGACCCAAACGUCAUCAAUAGCCUCACUGUGUCAGAUGUUGUGGGUCUUCUUGGUAGCAAUUUGCAAGAUCUAAAAACAUAUGAAAACCAAACAUCCGUGCGAAACUGGAUCUCGUUGCAGUUACAGUCAGAGCUGAAUAAUCUUAAUAUCAGUCUGACCGGAGGAAAGGCGACAGCAGACACAACCACUGCUGCUCCGACUACAGCAAGUAGCACCACUUUGAAUGUCGCAGCUACUACAACUGCCUCUAGUGCUGCUACGAUUGUCACUAGCACAGUUAACAUUACCAUUUCUUCUGGCACUGCCAACACUACUUCAGCCGCUACAGGAGUUGGAUACAGCAUGUCAUUCAGCAUAUUUGUACUCGUUUUUACCAUCAUCAAAGUGGAGAUUAUUUAGCAGCACUGACCUCAGAUCAGCCACACAGUGAUUUAACCAAGAGGAUUCAUCUAGAUCUCUCCUGAAGAUGAUAUAUAUUCAGUUGGGGGCAAAAUUAUUAACCCUCCCCAUGCAAUAUUUAUCCUUUUUUCAAAUAUUUCUUAAGUAGCAUUUUCACAGUAUUUCCUAUAAUAUUUUUUCUUCUGGAGAAAGUCUUAUGUGUUUUAUUUUGGCUGGAUUAAAAGCACUUUUUAUUUUUCUAAUAACUCUUUUAGGUCAAUAUUAUUAGCCUCCUUAAGCUAUUUUUUGAGUGUCAACAGAACAAACCACUGUUAUACAAUAACUUGCCUAAUUAAACUAGUUAAGCCUUUAGACGUCACUUUAAGCUGUAUAGAAGUGUCUUGAAAAAUAUCUAGUCAAAUAUUAUUUACUGUCAUCAUGGCAAAGAUAAAAUAAUUCCGUUAUUAGAAAUGUGUUAUUAAAACGAUUAUGUUUAGAAAUGGAUUGAAAAUUAGGGAAAUUGGGGGAAAAUAUAAACAUUUUAAUUUAACAGGCUAACAGGAACAGGAACAGGAAGGCUAAUACUUCUGACUUAUCAACUGUAUAUGGUUAUAAUCACAUUUAUUUUUCAUCUGUUUUAUUCAAUGAAGUGAUUUUUAAAGUAUAUUAACAUCAUUCCUAUAUGGCAUUAUAAUUGAGGUGUAUAAACAGAAUUGUUGCACUAAUAUCCAAAGCAAAGGACACUGCAUGUAGCAUCUAGAUUUAAAUCUUUAUUCGAUUCCCUGCAUCUAAAGCUUCUAUAUUUAAGUGUUUCUAACAUUGAGAACCGUCAUAAAUGCUAUUGCUUUAUUUAAAAUAUGACACAAUGGGAAGUUGUUCUAUGACUUGUACCUGUUUUGUGAUCAAAAACAAUGUCAUGUAAACAUAAAGAAGUGAAUAAAAGGUACUCUGAUGAACAAAUAAA